ACUCACCAGCUUCGCUCGGUUAGUUAAGCGCGGUUUGCCAGUCGGUCGAGUCGAUCUGAUCUGUUGCUCGGGCGGCACGCGAAUCCAAGUACCAGCCAUGUCCAAGUACUCGAAGCUGGCCCGCGGGCUGUGCGACCUGCUGAUCUGGGUGGCCCUCAGCGCGGCCAGUGUGCUGCUCCACAAGCUGGUGCGGCCCUUCCGGCGCGGCUUCUUCUGCGGCGACGAGUCCCUGAGCUACCCGUACCACGACCAGACCAUCGGCCCCGAGCUGGUCAUCGGCAUCGUUCUGGGCGUGCCCACCGCCGUGAUCGCCGUGGUGGAGCUGUUCAAGCAGCUCCCCGGCGGACCGCUGCGGGAGGCCGGCGGUGGCGGAGGCGGCAAGCGGGACGGCUGCCGGAUGGCCCACCGGCUGGGCCACCUCUACCGUCAGGCCUUGUUCUACCUGUACGGCCUGGCCAUGGUCACGUUCACCACGAUGAUCUCGAAGCUGUGCAUCGGGCGCCUGCGGCCGCACUUCUACGCCGUGUGCCAGCCCAUGCUGCCGGACGGGAGCAGCUGCCAGGACGGGCAGAACCUGGGCCGCUACAUCGACAGCUUCACGUGCAGCAACGCCAACAUGACCGACUUCCAGUUCAAGGAGCUCAACCAGUCCUUCCCCAGCGGCCACGCCAGCAUGACCAUGUACGCCAUGCUCUACCUGGCCAUCUACCUGCAGGCGGCGCUCAGCACCAGCGUGUCGAAGCUGCUGAAGCACCUGCUGCAGUUCCUCUUCGUGAUGUUCGGCUGGUACGUCUCGCUGACGCGGAUCACCGACUACUACCACCACUGGAGCGACGUCCUGGCGGGGGCGGCGAUGGGCGUGGUCUUCGCCUGGCUCACCAGUGCCUACGUGGCCGACCUGUUUGCCGGCAGGCGCUGGCAGAAGUCGGGCUACUCGGCCAACACGUUGCGCAAGCCGCAGGUGUCGCCGAAGAGCUCCACGAAGUCGCAGGCGGGCGGAUCCGCCGCAGGAGCAGCCCAGCCGCCCGCUCUGCCGGCCUACACCUUCGGAACGCUGCCCUACCUGGCGGCCCACCCGGCACAGGCGCAGGCGCAGUACGCCCAAACCUAUCACAACUACGGCUACGUGCCCUGAGCUCACUGCCGGAUUCCUGGCUUGGAGACCCACAAGCGCACACUCAUUCACGAACAAAGUCUUGCACGGAAUUCCUGACUGGUUGUCUGUAUUCUAGCUAAAUAAAUAUUCAAGUACGAUACGAA